UCCGUGGCCUUUUAAUUCAAAUGGCACCAUGGGCUCAACCAUUUGCCACCACCAGGAAAGUUCCUAUUCGCAGUACGGCCCCAGAUAUUCGGUGGGGGAUGAACUUUGUGAUCGAGCGCCAAAGUGCGUUGGAAGAUGCGAUGCCCCUUGCAGCAUUGGUUACGAGCUAAGAAGCAGAGAGGAAGAUAUCCUCGCAGAUUGGACCAAGCUGGACCUUGGUUUGACUCAAAGCUCUAGGCCGAAGCCCUUGCAGCGGCCGCCCAUCGUAAGCCCUGGAGGCCUGGUUUCUCGCCACUGUGGAGGGACUGGAGGAGUUGGGGCGAGUAUCAGCUAUCAAGCAGCCCCAGAUCCCUCUGAGGCCUAUGAGCUGAAGCCUCGACCCAUUGGCUUUGGUUCUUACGCGGAGGUCCUCUUGGCCAGACACAAACAAACCAGGAUGCUAAGAGCCUUGAAGCGGAAGUGCAAGGUGCCAAAGCGGCAGCUCUUGAUUGAAGAUGAUUUGGAUGAUGAUUUGCCCAAGAACCCCAUCAUUGAGCGGAGCAAGAAACGAAAAGAAGAGGUCCGUGAAGUGGAGGUGCUCCUUCGUUUAGAUCAUCCCAAUGUGGUGAAGCUCUAUGAAGUCUUUGAAGAUGAGGAGAAUAUUUGCCUCAUUAUGGAGCUUCUGAAAGGUGGCAGUUUGCUGGAGCGGAUUUGCCCGUCCAAAAUCAGUCCUCGUAGUGUGCCCUGGGAAGAAAAGUCUCCUCGGUAUGAGUUCGACCGACAUCAACAAGGCACGAGCGUCGCAUUGCAGGAGUUUGAGGCAGCUCGACUCUUUUGGCAGAUGCUGAGCGCAGUGAUUCAUCUUCACGGUCACCGGGUGGUUCAUCGCGACCUGAAGCUGGAACACUUCAUUUUUUCCAGUCAAGAUGAAAAAGCUCAACUGAAACUGGUGGAUUUUGGGCAUGCCUGGCCGUUGAAGCCCAUUGCUACCACUGGACUCCUUGAGACGGAUGGGAUUAGUCUGAUGGUGGUCCAAGAGAUCUCGAUUCCAGGAGGAGCAGGGACGAAUCGCUACGUUGCUCCAGAAGUUCAAGAUGAGAGUGAUGUAGCUGCACAUUUGGCUGACCGCGCGGACAUUUGGGCGCUCGGUGUUUGCCUUCACGCCAUGCUCACUGGCAGGCUUCUACCAGUGAGUGGGACGCUCACACAGGUAGCCAGCUUUGACGCAAAGACUUCAGCACUGGCAGAGGCCGAGAUAUGGUGGGGAGGAUAUGGCCUCUCUACUUUGGCCAUUGACUUGCUCAAAGAACUUCUGAGACUGAAACCAGAGAAGCGGCCCAGUGCUGCGGCCAUCGCCAGACACCCGUGGCUUGAGAUUGCUGCCCGUGAUGACCUCGCUGAAGCAGCAACUUUUAUGAUUCCCAGGUUCAUCAGCGACCUGAACGUCAUAAUGGAAGCAACGUCUCUUCGACGACUCUUCCUUUUGGCAGUGGCUAGGCAAGCAGAGGACGAGGAUUGCUACCCUUUCCCGUGUCUCUUCCGGGCCUUGGAGGCGCAAUGUCGUGGACCUCUGACUCAGAAAGCCAUGGCGAUUGCGCUUCAGAGGCUGGGGAGCCUCCAGAGCCCAGCACCGGAGCAGCAGUUGCUGUUGCAGGUCAUGAAAGCCGUGUAUGUGGUCAUGGGAGCCAUCGAUGCAGAUGCCUCUGGGAGUAUCAGCUGGGCAGAGUUCCUGGCCGCCAUUUUUCUGAGCCAGGAAGAAGUCCUGAAGUCUCUGCGGAAGAAACAGCUGCAGGAGAGUGCCUUUGAUCGAGCAUGUUUUCGGGCCUUUGAUCAUCUGUCCAUGAGCCAUCAAAAGAUCUCCCCAAGCUCGUUGUGCCGUACCCUCCGGUCGCACAAGGCACACAAAGCUGUUGUUGAUCCCGAGGCCAUGUUCAAAGAGUUCGAUUCCAUCCCGGCAUUUUCACUGGAGGACUUCCUACAGACCUUGGACGGUGUGGAGAUGCCAUUGCUGAAGGAAUCCAUCGCGGAAGAGCCGCUGCCACCGCUGCCGCCGCCCAAGGAGUCUCGAGACGAGGAAACUCGACAGGAAGCUCGACGGAGUUUCGGAGGAACGGAGGAAUUUAUAUGGGAUGAACCCUGACGGCCCAGUGACAAAAAGUCUUUUUGCGUCGCACAUGCAGAUAUUGGAGAUUUGAAUUUGAGACCCCUUGAGCCAAGAAAAAUCCAUUGCUGUGCU